AUGGCCGGAUACGGCGGAUACGAUAAUAGGAGUAGCAUAGGGUCGCUGAAGCAACAGUCUGAGCGAGCAAGAUGGACGCCGCUCACGCGCAUGUUGCUUUCGGGCGAGAUGACCCAGGAGAAGCAAAAAGACCUCACUCCAAGGGAAAAGUUUGAUCGUUGGAUGGUGAACGAGGGGUAUCGCCGAAUUUUUGUUUUUAUCUUCAUCAUCCUCCACGCAAUCGUCUUCGCGUUUGGAUUUGUCAACUUUGCGGUCAAGGACAACCUCCAAGUCGCGAGGGAUACGUUUGGGCCGACAUACAUGAUUGCCCGAUCCUCGGCGCUUGUUCUCCACGUCGAUGUCGCCUUGGUUCUCUUUCCGGUUUGCCGCACGCUGAUCUCGCUCGCCCGUCAAACACCUCUAAAUGGAAUCAUCCAAUUCGACAAGAACAUCACAUUUCACAUUACGACCGCUUGGUCUAUCUUCUUCUUCUCGUGGGUCCACACGAUUGCCCACUGGAACAACUUCGCCCAAAUAGCAGCCAAAAAUAACCUUGGCUUCUACGGCUGGCUCCUGGCAAACUUUGUGACUGGUCCGGGUUGGUCAGGUUAUGUGAUGCUGAUUGCACUCACUGGCAUGGUGAUAACUUCCAUCGAGAAAACGCGGCGGGCCAACUAUGAACGAUUCUGGUACACUCACCACAUGUUCAUCAUAUUCUUUUUGUUUUGGUCCUUCCAUGGAGCCUUCUGCAUGAUCCAGCCCGACUUUGCGCCCUUCUGCGUUUCGAUCGGCACCCAGGCAAUUGGUGUCUUCUGGCAGUACUGGAUGUACGGCGGCUUUGCCUACCUUGCUGAGCGGGUUGCUCGCGAGAUCCGCGGUCGGCAUAGGACCUACAUCUCCAAGGUCAUCCAGCACCCGAGCAAUGUGUGCGAGAUCCAAAUCAAGAAGGAGCACACAAAGACAAGGGCCGGACAGUACAUCUUCUUCUGUUGCCCUGCCGUGUCACUCUGGCAGUAUCACCCUUUCACCCUGACCAGUGCGCCAGAGGAGGACUACAUCUCCAUCCAUGUACGCGUGGUGGGCGACUUUACUAGGGCGGUUGCUGAGGCUUUGGGUUGCGAAUUCGACAAGAAGAAGGGGGACUCGUCCAAGGUUGUCGGUGUGAACCAGGACAACGACGAGGUCGAUCCUGCACUCCGAAGGGUUCUGCCACGCGUCUAUAUUGAUGGCCCGUUUGGCUCCGCUUCCGAGGACGUGUUCAAGUAUGAGGUUUCGGUGCUGUGCGGGGCUGGUAUUGGUGUCACGCCUUUUGCGUCCAUCCUCAAGUCGAUCUGGUACCGGAUGAACUACCCACAGAAGAAGACGAGGCUGAGUAAAGUCUACUUCUUCUGGAUCUGCCGCGACUUUGGGUCGUUCGAAUGGUUUCGAUCACUUCUUCUCGCCAUUGAGGCCCAGGACGUGGACAACCGCAUCGAGAUUCAUACUUACCUGACGGCAAAGAUCAAGGCUGACGACGCCACAAAUAUCAUGAUCAAUGACGCCAACGCCGAUAAAGAUACAAUUACCGGCCUCCGGUCACCGACCAACUUCGGGCGGCCUAACUGGGAUAUGAUUUUCAGAGGCAUAAGGAAACUCCACACACCAUCCGAAGCCGGAGUCUUCUUCUGCGGCCCCAAGGGCCUGGGUAGCACGCUGCAUAUAUUCUGCAACAAAUACAGCGAGCCUGGGUUUAACUUUGUUUGGGGAAAAGAGAAUUUCUAG